CUUGAACGCAACACCAGACACCAGGUUCCUCACACGUCUGCGUGUUGUUACCCCGCCGCGGUGUGCUCGGCGCGACCCAACUAAUACACCGUCAUGGGGAAGAUGUUUCGGGGACGACACCCCGGUCUGACAACGGACUGGAGCAUAUAAGGCAACGUCGAAACCGUUUUAGUUCGGUCUGCACGCACACACACACACGCACACACGGCAGAGUCGGACUCGCCGUUGGACACAAAAGGACCCGCCGAGAGAGAACAACGAUGGUGGGGAGACCAGCAGCAGAGCAGCUCCACUUGAUUGUUGAUCCCAAAUAACUUUUUAAGGUUAUGAAAGAAAAGCCUCCGGUAUGUCGGACCCAAGUCAGCCGACUCUGAGCAAGUCUUAUUUUGUUCCUGGAGCCUUGCUGAAGCGCUCAAAAAGCUGUCGCAGCAGCAACAAGAAGAGUCUCUGUGUUGGAACGCCAUCACCCACGCUGUCUCGGCCCCUCUCCCCACUUUCAGUCCACACAGCAGCAAGCAGCCCUCUGGACAGUCCUCGAAAUGUGUCGACUAGUGCCUGCCUCAACUUUCCAUUUGCACGAAGUCACUUGGCUCGUGCGGACAGAGCUGAGGGACGAAGAUGGUCCCUGGCGUCCCUCCCAUCGUCGGGCUACGGAACCAAUCCGCCGAGCUCCACAGUUUCAUCCUCCUCCUCCUCCCAAGAGCGCCUUCAUCAGCUUCCUUACCAGCCAACACAAGAUGAGCUGCACUUCCUUUUCAAGCACUUCCGCAGCACUGACAGUAUCACCGACGAAGAUGGGCGGCCCACGACCGUCAUACGACCUCGCUCUCGGAGCCUCAGCCCCGGGCGAUCAAACGUCUCCUUUGACAAUGAGAUAGUCAUGAUGAACCAUGUUUACAGAGAGCGAUUUCCAAGGGCCACAGCCCAGAUGGAGGAGAGAUUGUUGGAAAUUGUCACCCACUGUUCUCCAGACAGCUCCCUCCCGCUGGCCGACGGGGUGCUGGGCUUCAUCCAGCACCAGUUGGUCGAGCUGGUCCGUGACUGCUUGGAGAAGUCCCAGAAAGGCCUGGUUACAUCCCGCUACUUCGCUGAACUGCAGGAGAAGUUGGAGAAGCUGCUUCACGAGGCCUAUGAACGCUCGGAAAGUGAGGAGGUGACCGUCAUCAUCCAGCUGGUGAGGAAGAUCCUCAUCAUAAUCUCUCGACCCGCUCGCCUUCUCGAGUGUCUGGAGUUUGACCCGGAAGAAUUCUACCACCUGCUUGAGGCGGCAGAGGGUCACGCCAAAGUCGGCCAGGGAAUCAAAUCGGACAUCCCUCGAUACAUCAUAAGCCAGCUGGGUCUGACACGAGACCCUUUAGAGGACAUGGUGCACCUGGAACAGUUCGAGUACAGUCCCUCGGUGUCCACUGAGCCCGAUGCCGAGAACAAAACGCCGCAGGUGGUGACCCCAACACGACGGAAGCCUUUUGAGAGCGAUUUUGAAACCAUUAAACUCAUCAGUAAUGGAGCCUAUGGUGCCGUGUAUCUGGUCCGCCACAAGGAGACCCGCCAGCGGUUUGCCAUGAAGAAGAUAAACCGUCAGAACCUGGUCCUGAGGAACCAAAUCCAGCAGGCGUUUGUGGAGCGAGACAUCUUGACUUUUGCAGAGAACCCCUUUGUUGUGUCCAUGUUCUGCUCUUUCGAGACGCGACGUCACCUCUGCAUGGUCAUGGAGUAUGUGGAGGGUGGAGAUUGUGCCAACUUGUUGAAGAACAUGGGUCCCCUGCCUGUCGAAAUGACAAGGAUGUACUUUGCAGAAACUGUCCUGGCCCUGGAGUACCUCCACAAUUAUGGCAUAGUGCACCGAGAUCUCAAACCUGACAAUUUGCUGAUCACAUCCUUGGGUCACAUCAAGCUAACAGACUUUGGCCUGUCAAAAAUUGGCCUGAUGAACAUGACCACCAACCUCUAUGAGGGUCACAUAGAGAAAGACACCAGGGAGUUUGUUGACAAACAGGUGUGUGGCACUCCAGAGUACAUCGCCCCAGAGGUGAUUCUCAGGCAGGGAUAUGGAAAGCCCGUAGACUGGUGGGCCAUGGGGAUCAUCCUCUACGAGUUCUUGGUCGGAUGUGUUCCGUUUUUUGGUGACACUCCAGAGGAGCUUUUUGGCCAAGUUGUCAGUGAUGAAAUAAUUUGGCCAAAAGGAGACGAUGCCCUACCAACUGAUGCUGAGGACAUGAUUACCCAUCUGCUAAGGCAAAGCCCUCUGGAAAGACUGGGAACUGGCGGCGCCUCAGAGGUCAAACAACACGCCUUCUUUGCGGCUUUGGACUGGAAUGGCCUAUUACGACAGAAAGCCGAAUUUAUUCCUCAGCUAGAUGCAGAGGACGAUACGAGCUAUUUUGACACUCGAUCAGAGCGGUAUCAUCAUAUGGCAUCGGAUGAGGAUGAAGAAACCAACGAUGAAGAGUCUUCCCUGGAAAUUAGGCAGUUUUCUUCCUGGUCGCAUCGUUUCAGCAAGGUUUACAGCAGCACAGAACAUCUGGCCACACCUUCCAACCUGAGCUUCUCCUCUGACCGCAGUCACAGCGAGGAAAAAGAGGACCGCGGAGAGGUUGGAGCGCUCAGCCCCUUUGCGGGCCUAGCAGAGGGCAUCCUGGAGCCCAGACUACCAGGACGCAUGGCCAGCCUUUGCCCCCGACUGUCACCCAGCUCUUCCCAGUCUGAGAGGAGCAGCAGCCCUCUGGUGAUGAGCAGCACCCACAGCCUGGAGAUGAUGCCCCGCUUUGCCGUCUCUACGGACGACGAGGCUGAGGUGGUUGUUUCCAAACUCCGGAGAAUCAGGAUACGCAGUAACAGCACCGGGGCCAAACACUCCUCCCCCAAAGAGCCAGCUGGCCCACGACGUUUUGGUAACCAGCUGGAGACACCAGACAGACAGAGGCUUCCCUGUGGGGGAAAGGUUCCCAAGUCUGCCUCUGUCUCAGCUCUGUCUCUUAUCAUUACCACAGAUGACUUCCCUGGUGGACUCCAGCCCAGUCCCAUCUCUCCGCGGUCACUGUCCUCCAACCCCUCCUCGCGUGACUCCUCCCCCAGCCGUGACCUGUCACUCAGUCCCGGUAGCGUCAAGCCGCCCAUAAUCAUUCACACUUCUGGCAAGAAAUACGGCUUCACCGUGCAGGCUAUCUGCGUCUACAUGGGCGACAGCGACGUCUACACGGUGCAUCACAUGGUGUCGAGCGUGGAUGAAGGCAGCCCCGCCUACCAGGCAGGUCUUCGAACCGGAGACCUCAUCACUCAUGUGAACGGAGAGUCCGUCCAAGGCUUGGUUCACACCGAGAUGAUUGAGCUCCUGUUGAAGAGUGGCAGCAAGGCGGCGUUACAGACCAUCGCUCUGGAGAACACGUCCAUCAAAGUUGGUCCGGCUCGAAAGACCAAACACAGAGGCAAGAUGGCUCGCCGCAGCAAGAGAAGCAGGAGGAGAGAUAACUAUGAUAGGAGACGCAGCAUCUUGAAGAAGUUAUCCAAGCACAGCACAGUGAUUCACAGCAGUCGCAGCUUCUCGUCAGGUCUCCACCAUUCCGUUUCCUCCAGCGAGAGUCUUCCAGGAUCGCCCACACACAGCCUCUCUCCCGGCCCCUCCACCCCCUGCCGAAGCCCCGCUCCAGACCACCAGGCCUUUGACAAUAACUCUCCCCAGAGUACGUCUCCUUGCUCCAGUUCCCCCAGUUCCCCAGCAGCACACAUCAGGCCCAGCUCCCUGCACGGUUUGGGAUCCAAGCUCAGCAGUCAGCUCUACACCAAGGUCAGCCGCCGCAAGUCAACCAGCAGCAUCCCGCCCUCGCCUCUCGCCUGCUCCUCCUCGUCCGCACAGCCGCUUUCCCCCCAGCGCUCGCCCUCGCCGUUGCCGGGCUUCGCCAAAACGCUGCACUCCUACCACGGCAAGACCCUGUCUCCGCCGACUAUAGUGCGACACAUGGGGGUGCGGCCUCGCAGCGCGGAACCUCCCCGAUCGCCGCUCCUCAAGAGAGUCCAGUCGGCCGAGAAACUGUCUGGGAUGUACCACGCUGACAAGAAGUCUUACGCCCCCCGCAGGCACACCCUGGAAGUGCCGUAUUACGCCGAGGGGGAGCUGCUUGACUCGGAAGCCGAGGGGGUCGUCUCGGGUUCCCACCUGGGGGUUGACCACAGCCGGCUGGGCGGCUACUUGGGCGCCCAGAGGCUGUGGGACUCCGGAUCCGAGCAGCUGGUGGUGAUGCGGAAGCUCAACCUCUCGGAGCGUCGCGACUCCUUCAAAAAGCAGGAGGCGGUGCAGGAGGUGAGCUUUGACGAGCCAGAGGAGAAAAGCGGCGCGACGCCGGCGGGCCCGGGGACUCAAACGCAAGCCCGGCAGCAGCUGCAGCACAGGACGACGUUACUCGCCGAGGCCCGAGCCCAAAGCGGCGAGGAGGUGGAGCUGCUGGUGCCCACGGUCAGGAGGUUCACGCUGGUGCCGCAGAUCGCCGUGCAGGGAUCGACGGAGAGCGAGGAGCAGGACGAGUGGGAGCCGUGCUCAGACGGGGAGGAGUCGCAGCAGGAGAUCACCGUCACUUCAUCUCAGCAGCAGCAGGGGAGGCAGGAGGCGGAGCUCCUUCACAAUAAGAGCUUGAGUCAGGAGGAAACCACGUCAGCGGAGAAAAAGUGACACAGCGAGGUGGAAAACUUUAACUUGAAUUUUGUAUUGUAAAUAUUGGCUUUGUGGAGCUGCUGCUCGUAUUUAUUACACUCGUAAAGCAUGACGCGCUACGUGGAAAGGAGGCAAGUUCUCAUCGGUUGAACUCUUUUUGUAUCCAUUACAUGUGCUUUUUUUAAUAAAUGUCUAUUUUUAAACAAAUUGCCGUGACACAAAGUAGUUCGAUAAUGCUAGGAAAUAUUAUUACUGGACCAAAAUCUUCUAUUUUUUUUUUACCCCCAGCUUUCAUUAAUAAUGACGUCUACACCAUUAAUAUGUACAUCUACACUUCACCUUUUGAUGCUUCAAAGCACAACAUAACCACACAGGCUGCACAAUAUUACAAAAACAAUCUUUUGUGAAAUAAUAUUUUGUUAAUGGUGUUCUUUGCCGUGUGGAUUCUAACAUGUUUUUAUGUGCAUCAGUGGUUCUCAAACUUUUUUCCACCAAGUACCACCUCAGAAAACACUUUAAAAACAACAGUAGCAAAGUAGGCCUAAGUAUUUAUUUAAAAAAAAUAUAAGGCAGAGGUUUUAUUUAACAAGUAUAUUUUAAAAAAGUAUUGCUUAUAGUCUUCCAUUGAAGGCUGAUAAACUUUUGAUAACGGCCCCAAUCACGUCAUCGCAAUAUUGAAUUAAGUGAUUCUUUGUUGUACCACUAGAUGGAGCCCACGUACCAGUAGUGGUACAUGUACCACAGUUUGAGAAUCCCUGAAUGGCAAUCAAUAAUCUGUAUUAAGCAAAUUUGAUCAGAAGCAGCCAAAAUGAUCCAUGUCUUCUUUUGCAACCUGCUUUUUGUGUGUUUAUUCACACAAGCGUGUGUGUGUGUGUGUGUGUGUGCGUGUUUCCACUACCAUUAGCAGUGUAGUGAUGUUUACAACAGUGCGAUGCGGGCGUUCAUUUUGUACCUUGACCUGAAUGUUGAUGGCAAAUUGAACAAAGGUGUGUGUUGUACAAAUGUAUAUUUUCGCAAGGAAGUGUGUGUGCGAUGCACAAGGACUAAAGUAGCACAAGAAAAGAUUUCUGUUGUUGCCGUUUAAUAUGGGGAUGCAGCUCCAGUACAGUAAUGUACAGUAAGUCCUCGUUUUAUCGAUUCAAGUACUCUCACCAAAGCAUUUUAGGAGCUCUGCUGAUGUCAAUCCCUGUUCAACUUUGGGUUUCUGUUCCCACCGCAAACCUAAUGAGUGAAAUUGUGUUCACGUCCCCGCUGUUUACAAACUUGCUCUGUAAUGUACUGUAUACACUUAUUUUUCUCUCUCAUACCUUGUGGCUUUAUGAUGAAACAACCCUCUUUCAUACCACAAAUGAAAACUACAAUCGUAGAUGUUUCAUAUUUGUAUUGUUUUUGGGUUGUUGUUGUUUUUUUUCUUCCAAAACACAGUAAGCUGAAUGCAGAAUCUACAAGCGAAAUGACUUGUUUGUUUACAUGUGCUUAUGAAAUGGGGUUAUUGUCAUAUUUUAUGGUAGUAGCUGUAAGUAUACUUUGAGGUUUGUCUGUUGCAGGAGACUUGUUUUGCACACAAUUUACCAUCAACACAAUAAACUCAACACAUUUAAGAACACCCUUUCAACUAGUACAGUAAUGUACGCGAACGGGACUCAUAUGGCCCCAUUCAUUGCGUUUAUCUGACACAUGAAACGUGACAAAUUUGGAGGGGGAGUAGGGGGGGGUGUACGAUCCACUUCAGACGCCAGAUGGCACCUUAAAAUGUAGAAAUGGGACUCUUAUGGCCCCAUUCAGCGUGUUUACCUGACACGUGAAACAUGACAAAUUGGGGGGGGUGGGGCGGGGUUGCACUAUUCGCUUUAGCCGCCAGACUGCAGUAGAGUGCCGGAUAUCUUAAAAUGUAAGAAAGGGAUUCAUAUGGCCCCAUUCAUUGCGUUUAUCUGACACAUGAAACAUGACAAAAAAAUAUUUUUUUGGGGGGUGCACUAUCCACUUUAGCCGCCAGAUGGUAUCUUAACAUGUAGAAAGGGGAUUAAUAUAGGCCCAUUCAUCGUGUUUACCUGACAAAUUUUGGGGGGGAGCACUAUCCACUUUAGGCGGUAGUGUUGAAUACCCUAAUUUAUUUUGUGGCAAUUCUAACUUUAACCGCAGCGCCAGUUGCUCUGUAGAGUGGCGCUUUCCACCAUUUUCAGCAGACUGCAUUGCAAAAUUAUUAAUCCCCCCCCUCACCUUACUCUCACGUAAGAUCCACCCAGGAAUGAGGCCAUAUGAAUCCCUUCCCUACUGGAUGUCAAAAUAUAGAUAACUGAGGUUAUUUCUUGUUCUUGACCAGGGGUGUCCGAAGUGUGGCACGGGGGCCAAUUGCAGCCGGCACCUCCAAAACAGUAAAAAUGUUACAAAAAAGACAAUGUAAUUUUUAAAAUAAUGUACACUUUGUCAUCUAUGACACAGAGUGUUUACUUUAAAUAUGUAUAAUGUCUGUUUUUAACAUUUUUAUUACAAAUUAAAAUAUCCAAAUUGCCCCCGCAUACUUUGACUUUUCAGUAUGCGGCCUGUGUUGGAAAAAGUUUGAUCAUCCCUGUUCUCGACUUUAAAUUUGACACUAAGUCACUACAAUUCGGUGCAAAUAUCACAAUGGACUAAAGUAUUGGGACACCUGGCCAUUCCAAAACAGGAAAUAGAGACAAGUGGUCAUCAGACAUGGCUUCCAGACUACUAGCCAAUCAGCCAAAAAGCCCUCAUUGUCCAACGCUUCUCUUCACAGGAUGUCCUGAAAGUAGAUUAAGAUUAAGAAUCAGGGUCUUUUGUACAAUAACAAAAAAAAAAUCAGCACAUUGAAACUGUUGUAAAUGUGGACUCUUCUGUUCGGUGCAUGCUGCAUGAGAAAAGCACACAUCUGUAGUACUUGAUUGCAUGGUAUAUUGGCGGUGUAGUCGCCCACUACUGUGUUUUCAUGUGUAAUUAAUAAAAUUUCUAUUUCUCCUGGA